CUAACAGGAAGUUACGAUGCCCGAGCCUCCAUUGCUUUCCUUACGCAUAACGCUGGCGGUAACUUCAGGGUGUUCGUAAACCGACUGGUAGUUGGCGUUGAUGUCAGGCUGGGAGCAAAUAUCUUCGGAGGAGGUCAAUUGUUUUUGAGGGAGCUAGAUAUCAAAAUCGAUAUCCAUGAUACACAUAUUUCAAUGGACGGUAUGUUUGGGUCGAGUCUGCUUAACAGUUUAAUCAGCUCUAUGGUGCAGAGUAUCACGCAAGACGUAAUCCAAUCCCAGUUGGAAACUGUGAGCCAGACGCUCAGCGAAGAACUAUUCGAUGCCAUUAACGAUUUCCUGAAAGAUUUCACUCUUGCCGAUAUAUCCGGUUAAAACUUGAUUGUAAAACGUUACAAAUUAAAAUUAAUAAGUUUGUUAUCAAA